AAAAAAAACAGGGAGAAGAAUAGACCCACGUUCUCGUCGUGAUCCGCUACAAAAUAAUCUUUGAAACUAAGCCACACCCAAUUGAUGUUAGAAAACCGAUUCCUGUUGUAAAAAUUAGAGAAUCCAUGGCAUCCACAGCUUCUCUGCAGACGUUGUUUUCUUCGCUAGGAGUCAAGCAACCACGCGCAGGAGCUAGCGGAACAUCCCUGCGCAGGUCAACAACAGCUGUGGGUUCAAAAGUUUGGUCGCUCAACGCAGGCGUGAGGGAGAAUAAGAAGAAAGGGAGGUCGCUGGCGGUGGUCGCAGCAGUUGGGGAUGUGUCGUCGGAGGGAACCACUUAUCUAAUUGCGGGUGCUGCCGCUGUGGCCUUAAUUGGAACUGCAUUCCCCAUACUCUUCUCCCGCAAGGACCUGUGUCCUGAAUGCGAUGGAGCAGGUUUCGUAAGACAAUCGGGGGCCGCAUUGAGGGCAAAUGCAGCCAGGAAAGACCAGGCUCAGAUUGUCUGUGCUCGUUGUAACGGUCUUGGCAAGCUCAACCAAAUUGACAAAUAAAAAAAGAACCCAAGGACGGUGGGUGAAUCUCUUCACUCCUGUUACCAUUGCUAAUAAGUAGCAGUAUUGUUUCUACUAUUUUUUUUACUUUCCCCCCUCGCCCGCUUAGGCUUGUCCCGCUUUUUGCAUAUGUAAACCGUAGUAAACUACGCGCUGUGCAGAUGUGUUGAAUCCCAAAUCUUCUUCUUUUUCUUCUUU